AUGGCCACUCCUGAGGAGCGACGAGAGAACGACGGGGAUGAGGGGGAGGAAGGAGACCUCGAGGAAGCUGAAGAUCAGAGGAAAGGGAAAAAUUCCGGAGAAAGCAAUUCCCCUCUGACUGAUUUUGAAAGCGUCUCAGUGCCAUCUCGAGUGGUGCAAGACCUUUUAGAGAAAAAACGAGAGAUGCAUGAAGUCACUAUUAAGGAAAUGCAAGUUGCUCUUAUCGCCAUUCAGGAAAAUUAUCGGAAUAAAUUCGAGGCACUCGGGAAUCAGUUGACGUCGAAUAUCGACGAAAUUCGACGAGAGAUUCGGGAGAUCCAAGGGAAUUUUACAAGUGACAUCAAUCGAUUCAAUGCCGCUGAGCACGCGAAGGUGGACGACAGACUGACGUCACUGCUGGGAGUGGAAUCGUCUCUCAUUACUGAAUUUCACAAAAAAAUAUGUAAAAAUGAGAGAAUGCGAACAUUAUCUGUCAGAAGAACACUGAAAAAGUUUCGAGAAAAAUUGAGAUGCAUUGCACACGUGCCACCUGGAGCUCUAAAAAUUCCAACUGACGAAGAAAUCGAGGACUACAAUGAAAAAAUCAGAAAUAAUUACGCGAUUCAUGAGGAGUUGUGUUCAAAGUUGCAUUUAAGUACAAGUAAUUUAGAAUCAGAGUUGCAGAAUUGGCUGAAGGAUGUAAAAAUUUUCAAAGCAAAUGCAUCAUGAACUAG